AGAAUUCUUUUUUUUUGAAAAAAUGUUGUUAUGUCAAUAAUCAAAGAAGAAUCUCUCUAUGUAUAAGAAAGAGGUUACCUGUUGACAAAAUAUCAGUCGAAAUACGGUCCGAAGGCGAACAGCUGGCUGAAAACUGCCUGAAAUAAUUGUCUAAGAAUAGGUCUUGUCUUGUCUUAUCCGACAAUCGAAAGCCCGUGUUGAGUAGCCUAGUUGUUCAGAGCGUUUUCUGUACGUAGGUUAGGCCCUACCUCUCCAGCAUCAACAUUUUACUUUUCUGUCAAUGCUUUAGCCAAUGAUAUUGAUUCAAAAAUCGGACAGGAUAAACCAAAAUUCCAUCUAACACUGUUGACGAUGGAUGUCACACAAGAUGACUCCCUUCAUCGGUUGGAGGGGACGAUCGGAAAAGAAGAGAAAGGCGGACUCAUUAUCAUGAAAAAGGGACCAGCAGCUGAUACCGGUAAACACCAGUUCAAGAGGCCAGAUAUGAAACCAUCUCUGCUUGGGUUGGAUAGAUUGGCUGCUGUCAAACGGAAAGAGAAAGAGCAGGAGCAAGUGGAAUCGAAAAAAUCUCGUGUGACGUCAUAUAGAGAUGAUGAUGAGGAGGUGGAUGAGUUUGAUGAUGGUGAUCUUAAAAACAAAUCGCAUGGAGAGAGAAAAUACCGUGCUGCAAGAAUAGAAACGCCUACACACACUGGUGGGGUUAGUUCACAAGCGAAAGACAAAUACCAGAAACACAUAAAAGAUCGCGACAGAGGUGUCCAUGCCACAUCAUCUCGGGAUAAAGAACGAGAGAGGGAGAGGGGUAGGCGGGAGCCUGACAGAUAUGACAGGGGUAGAGAAGGGCGCAGAGAAAGAGAUGGCGAUCGUGGUCGUGACAGAGAUGGAGUUAGAGGCUCAGAUAAUGAUCGCUCUGAGCGAGGUUCACGUCGGGAUGAUAGGUCGGAAAGAAGCAGCAGAUCCGAGAGGAGUUCUAGAGAUUGGGAUGAAACACCGAGAUUUCGUGAUGAGCCUGCUACGCCAAAAUUUAGGGUGAAAGACACUCCAUCACGGACCAACUGGGAAGAUGAUGAUGACACCCCAGCAAAGAGAUCAAGCUGGGAUCUGCCCACACCGUCUCCGCAUGAAGACCGUGAUCGAGACUUCGACAGGAGUGACCGCAGCCAUAGGUCCCAGCGCAACUCACAAAGGAGCGACAGAAGCAAAUCAUAUCGUAGAAGCAAAGACACACCACUGCCAACACCGUCGUAUAAGUACAAUGAGUGGAUGGACGACAGGAAAAAGAUCAAAUAUACUCCGAGAGGAACGGACAGAAGGAAAGACUACGAUUAUGAUGAGGAAGGAAAUCAGGAACAGUGGGAAGAGGAGCAGAAGAGGCUGGAUCGAGAAUGGUACUCGUUGGACGAAGGUUACGACGAGACACAUAACCCAUUCUCCGGCACGUCGGAGGAGUACACGAGAAAGAAGGAAGCGGAGCAGGAACAGAAAAAGAAGAAGCGGAUGUCGGCGCAGCAGCGACAGAUUAAUAAGGACAACGAAAUGUGGGAGAAGAAUCGCAUGUUGACGAGCGGGGUUGUGAUGCAGGUCAACGUUGAUGAAGACUUCGAAGAGGAAAAUGAAGCAAGGAUUCAUCUUCUUGUACACAAUAUCGUGCCACCAUUUCUGGAUGGUAGGAUAGUCUUUACGAAGCAGCCAGAACCUGUUGUCCCCAUCAAGGAUCCAACCUCAGACAUGGCCGUUGUCUCAAGGAAAGGUUGCCUGGUUGUCCGUGCUCACAGAGAGCAAAAGGAGAGGAAGAAAGGACAGGCGAAACAUUGGGAGCUUGCCGGGACUAAGCUGGGUAACAUCAUGGGUGUCAAGAAAGAAGAAGAAAAGGAUACGAGCGUUGACUCAAAAGGUGACGUCGACUUCAAAGCUGACCAUAAAUUCUCAGAGCACAUGAAAGACAAGACGGAGGCAGUCAGUGACUUUGCCAAGAAGAGGUCACUUCAGUCUCAGAGACAGUUCCUGCCAAUCUUUGCAACAAGAAGUGAGUUAUUGACUGUAAUCAGGGACAACAGCAUCGUGGUCAUAGUCGGAGAGACAGGUUCAGGAAAGACAACACAGUUAACACAGUAUCUCCACGAGGAUGGCUAUACUAACUACGGUAUGAUCGGCUGUACCCAGCCCAGGCGUGUGGCUGCCAUGUCUGUGGCAAAGAGAGUCUCGGAAGAAAUGAACGUCAAACUUGGCGAAGAGGUUGGAUAUGCCAUGCGAUUUGAAGACUGUACUUCCGAUAGAACGAUGAUCAAGUAUAUGACGGAUGGGAUCUUAUUGCGAGAGUCGCUGCGUGAAUCUGACCUGGACCAUUACAGCGCUAUCAUAAUGGACGAAGCUCACGAACGCUCGCUUAAUACUGAUGUACUAUUUGGUUUAUUAAGAGAGGUGAUAUCCAGACGACAUGAUCUCAAACUCAUUGUGACGUCUGCUACCAUGAACGCGUCGAAAUUUUCCGAAUUUUUUGGCAACGUGCCAGUGUAUGUGAUCCCGGGACGAACGUUCCCCGUUGAUGUUAUGUACAGUAAGAAUCCGGUGGAGGAUUACGUAGAUGCCGCCGUCAAACAGGCCAUUCAGGUUCAUCUUAGUGCACCAGGAGGAGAUCUACUUGUCUUCAUGCCCGGCCAAGAAGACAUCGAGGUGACCUGUGACCUGAUAGCUGAGCGCUUAGGGUCGUUAGAUGAUGCUCCCCAGUUGGCCAUCCUACCCAUCUACUCUCAACUCCCCAGCGAUCUUCAGGCCAAGAUCUUCCAGAAGGCGCCGGGCGGAAUCAGAAAGUGCGUCGUGGCAACGAAUAUUGCAGAAACUUCUUUGACAGUUGAUGGUAUCAUGUACGUAAUUGAUGCUGGCUACUGCAAGUUGAAGGUGUUUAACCCAAAGAUUGGUAUGGAUGCAUUGGCGGUCUUUCCUAUUAGCCAAGCUAAUGCUAAUCAGAGAUCAGGCAGAGCUGGGAGGACUGGACCGGGGCAAUGUUAUCGGCUGUACACAAGCAGACAAUAUAAGAACGAGCUGUUGACAACGACGGUUCCAGAGAUCCAGAGGACCAAUCUUGCUAAUGUGGUGCUAUUAUUGAAGUCAUUGGGUGUGCAGGACUUGCUACAGUUCCAUUUUAUGGACCCGCCCCCUGAGGACAACAUUUUGAACUCGAUGUAUCAGUUGUGGAUUCUUGGUGCCUUAGACAACACAGGUUCGCUGACCCCCAUGGGCAGACAGAUGGUGGAGUUCCCGCUCGAUCCUGCUCUCUCCAAGAUGUUGAUUGUGUCCUGCGAUAUGGAGUGCAGCUCAGAAGUCUUGAUUAUUGUCUCCAUGUUGUCUGUGCCAGCCAUAUUUUUCCGGCCGAAGGGUCGUGAGGAAGAGUCGGACGCAGCCAGGGAGAAGUUCCAGGUGCCGGAGAGCGACCAUCUCACCUUGUUGAAUGUUUAUCAGCAAUGGAGGAGAAAUGACUAUUCCGCCUCCUGGACCCAGGAUCAUUUCAUCCACGUGAAGGCGAUGAGGAAGGUUCGUGAGGUACGCCAGCAGCUCAAGGAGAUCAUGGAGUCGCAGAAGAUGAGAAUCGUCUCCUCCGGUACGGAGUGGGACGUCAUCCGCAAAUGCAUCUGUUCGGCAUAUUUCCAUCAAGCUGCGAGACUGAAGGGCCUAGGCGAGUACGUGAACUGUAGAACAGGGAUGCCCUGCCAUCUUCACCCGACUAGCUCUCUCUUUGGAAUGGGUUACACCCCAGAUUACAUUGUUUACCACGAAUUGGUCAUGACCUCAAAGGAAUACAUGCAGUGUGUAACAGCAGUAGACGGUCGAUGGUUGGCGGAACUUGGCCCAAUGUUCUACAGCGUGAAAGAAUCGACACAGUCAAGACAGGAAAAACGUGAACAAGCCAAAGAAGAAAUGACGAUCAUGGAAGAGGAGAUGAGGAAGGCAGAGGAGCAACUCCGGGUGAGGAAGGAGGAGCAGAUUAGAGCUCCUUCAUCAAAGAGGAGUAACAUCUUGACCCCUGGUAGAGUAGAACCUGGUACGCCGUCGACCCCAAGAUUGAAGUCGGGAGCAAAAUUCGGAUUGUGAGAGGAGACUUCUAACGUCUGUGCGUGUAUCAUUCCUGUGAUGGUUCAUGUUGAGUACACGAAAGCCAGUGUUUUUGGGAAACGCACCAGAAUGAAAUAUUUGGAGACUAAUCUCUGAAAAAUGCUGGUAGAACAAGUCUCAGGUUCACAUUAAGCUACAUGUAUAAUCAUGUUGUUGUUGCCAGUACUGCCAUAAAUCAUUGUAAUAUAUUGUAAAUCGAGUUGUAUCCAUAAUGUGUUCAUUCCUUAUAAACAAAACAUCAAAACUUUGGCAAUUAAUAACAUGAAUGCUAAAACAGUGAAACUUCACUUUGCACACGCUUCUGUAAAGCGGACAUCUCCCAACUAGGGACAGGGUUGGCAGUCCUAAGGGUAUCCUUAAUAGAGAGGUCUGUGUCUGUUGUGUACUCGUAGAUGUGUAAGUGUUCUCCAUUGAAUGACAUGAGAAAAAGACUGUCUUUUGUGUCAGCAAAAUGUCUGACAGUGGUACCUCGAUACAUUCAAAAUCAUGAUCCAUUUAUUUUUUGCAUGUUCAUGUAUAUAUGUAGUUCUGGUUGAAAUACACGCACAUGUAAAAUUAAAUUGUGAUAUUAUUUUGUAAA